CAUGGAGGCCUACGAACAGGUCCAGAAGGCGCCCCUGAAGCUGAAAGGCGUGGCAGAGCUCGGAGUGACUAAGCGGAAGAAGAAAAAGCAGGACAAAGACAAGGCGAAACUGCUGGAAGCGAUGGGAACAAGCAAAAAGAACGAGGAGGAGAAGCGGCGCGGCCUGGACAAGCGGACACCGGCCCAGGCGGCCUUCGAGAAGAUGCAGGAGAAGCGGCAAAUGGAAAGGAUCCUGAAGAAAGCAUCCAAAACCCACAAGCAGAGAGUAGAGGACUUCAACAGACACCUGGACACACUCACAGAGCACUAUGACAUUCCCAAAGUCAGCUGGACAAAGUAG